CUAGCACUAGAGAAGAUGAAGACAGUCGUUCUGCUAUACAUCAUUUCUACAUCGUGGGUUUGUGCUGCUCCCAUUGAAAUCCGAAAGUCGCGAUUAGAGAAGUCGCCCAGAAACGAGGAUCUGCAAAGGUCUGUGUCCAGCAACACAGUGAAAUGCGGUGACAAGAAAACAAUCGACCUGAAAACAGAUUUGGAGAAAAAUUCCACUUUUCAACUACUUUCAUUGGUUACAACUCCUUCUCCUUUACGUAGAGAAGCAAUAUUUACAAUUUCAAAUCUACCAAUGUGUGAAGACAACUGGACAGUGCCAUGGCAAGUCGCACUACUGAUUGAGACUUUAGACCCAACUACACAAGUGCGGGAACGUAAAUGUGGCGGUGUGCUGAUUCACAAACGAUGGGUUCUAACAGCAGCACACUGUGUUGCCAACUCGGGUCGGGUUCUAGCGAUGGUUGGAUCUAGGAAGUACUUGCAUGGAUUUCUAUACAACAAAGGCCAGAUCAUGCUUGUUAACAGGACAAUAAUCCAUAAAGACUACGUCUCAGACGAUGACAAACAACCACCUGAUCAUGACAUUGCUCUUUUAGAGCUUCCAUCUAAUGUUACCAUGGGAACUGAUGUGAAUAUCGCACUGAUACCUAAACGCAACACUCGUCUUAUGACAACUGGUACUGAAAUGGUCAUUACAGGAUGGGGAAAUUCUAAUAAAUAUUUGUUCGAUAAAGACGAGCUGCAAUGUGGUAGAGUUCCUUUUGUCUCGAAGGCAAAAUGUAAAAAAGAGUACAGCAAAAAAGACGUCAAAAUCCGCAACAGUCACGUGUGCAGUGGUUAUGAAUCUGGUGGUGUAGGCCCUUGCAACGGAGAUAGUGGUGGAGGAUUGGUGUAUCGUGGAUCACGUGGACGAAACACGGUAAUUGGUAUUAUCAGCUGGACGAAGAAUUGUUCUUCAGACUAUACCGUUUACGCAAACGUGCAGAAGCACAGGCCUUGGAUAAUACGCCAAAUUCCAGAUUUAGAUAAUAGGAAGUAUAAUUUUAAGAUUUGA